AUGGAUCAGACCUGUUUUCUUUUGUUGUCAAAUCUUGAAGGCUUUUUUCCUUCUUUGCUUGUCACUUUCACUUGCUUUACCAUUAUGAUCAAAGCCCUGAGAUUUCUCCUGAAAUACUUCGAGAAGCAAAAGCCAAAACUCCCCCCAGGUCCUAAGCCAUGGCCUAUAGUUGGCAACCUUCCUGAAAUGCUUGUUAACAAGCCUGUAUAUAAGUGGAUAGACAAGCUCAUGAAUGAAAUGAACACUGAAUUUGCAUGUAUCCGCCUAGGAAAUAUCUAUGUUAUCCCAAAAAUGAAGAAACUUUUAUCCAAUGAUUUGCUUUCCCCACGCAAGCACGUAUGGCUGAAUGGCAAAAGGGCCGAAGAAGCUGACAACCUUAUGUUUUACGUAUACACCAAAAGCAAAAAUGGAAACGGUGGUGCUGGUGGCCUAGUAAAUAUUCGUAGAGCUGCAAGGCAUUACUGUGCUAACCUAAUCAGAAAAAUCAUUUUUAAUACGAGAUAUUUUGGGAAGGGUAGAGAGAAUGGAGGGCCUUGUUUUGAAGAAGUGGAACAUGUUGAUACCCUCUUUGAUUUGAUCGACUACGUUUAUGCCUUUUGUGUUUCUGAUUAUAUGCCAUGCUUGAGGGGACUUGACUUGGAUGGACACGAGAAGAAGGUGAAGGAAUAUUUGAGGAUCAUCAAGAAGUAUCACGAUCCCAUCAUUCAACAGAGAAUCAACCAAUGGAACGAAGGAUUAAAGGUUGAUGAAGAGGACUGGCUUGAUGUUCUGAUCUCCUUAAAAGAUGCCAACAAUAAUCCAUCAUUGACAUUCGAGGAAAUCAGUGCACUAAUUAUAGAGUUGAUGCUUGCAACAGUGGACAAUCCAUCAAAUGCUUUUGAAUGGGCACUUGCUGAGAUGAUAAAUCAACCUGAGUUGCUCCAUCGAGCUGUUGAAGAAUUUGACAGUGUGGUAGGAAAAGACAGGCUAAUCCAAGAAUCAGACAUACCUAAGCUCAACUAUGUGAAGGCUUGUGCAAAAGAAGCGUUUCGCCUUCAUCCAUUUGCACCUUUUAUUCCGCCCCAUGUCUCUUUGAGUGACACAAUGGUGGGAAAUUACUUCAUCCCAAAGGGUAGUCAUGUAAUUAUAAGUAGAAAAGGGCUUGGAAGAAAUCCAAAAGUGUGGAAUGAACCCUACAAGUUCAAACCUGAACGUCACCUCAAGAGUGAUGGAUCUGAUGUAGUGUUAACAGAGACAAAUUUGAAGUUCAUAUCAUUCAGCAAAGGAAGGCGUGGCUGUCCUGGUGUGAUGCUUGGAACCACAAUGACAGUGAUGCUAUUUGCUAGAUUUCUCCAUGGAUUCACAUGGAGUGCACCACCCAAUGUUUCAACAAUCAACCUUGCUGAGUCAGAAAAUGGUAUCCUUCUUGCACAACCACUUGAGGGGGCACAUUCAUGUGCUGAACAAGUGGCCCUGAAAGCAAACACAUGGGGAAGAAGAGAGAAUGAAUGCGACUGA